AUGCAGAAAGAUGCAUCGCCACCAGCAGCAGUUGCCCCGUCGAUACCGACCGCUACACCAGCCUCCGGCUUAGGGAAGGUCUCUGAAAGUUGGUCUUGGAAUGCAUACGAGAAUGCUCCGUCUUCCAGUGAGAUUCACGAUAAGCUUCUUGGCGGCCUUCUCUCUGCCGAGUUCGACGACAGCUCUUGCGUGAGCAGGUACCGAUUGGCAGCUUAUCGCAGGGCUUCCCCAUAUAAACCAUCCCCAGAGCUCGUCAAGAGUCUAAGGAGAUUCGAAACCCUGCACCGGAGAUGCGGCCCUCACACAGCAGCCUACAGCAAGUCCGUUCCUCAGUUGGAGUCCCACAGCGGAAGCCAUGCAGAGUGCAAGUACUUGAUAUGGGGACCCGCGAAUGGACUGGGGAAUAUGAUGAUAAGCCUCGCAUCUGCCUUCCUCUAUGCUUUGCUUUCUGAGAGGGUGCUGCUCAUUGACAGGAGCAGGGAUCUCCACGCCCUCUUCUGCGAACCCUUCCCCGGGAGCAGCUGGCUCCUCCCUCCGGACUUCCCUCUGAGACCCAGCUCCAUCUUCAACGAUAGCGAUGGCCGGAGGCUUGGAAGAAUUCUGAGGAAGAAAAAGAGUACUGCUACGGGGUUGGUUUACGCCCAUUUGUCCCACGACUACGACGACUACGACAAGAGAUUCUUCUGCGAAUCAUCUCAGAGCUUCCUCCGGGAGAUUCCCUGGGUGGCACUUAGAUCCGACCAGUACUUCUCCCCAGCUCUCUUCCUCAACCCAGCCUACGAGCGGCGGCUGAGCAAGGUUUUCCCCAGGAAAGACACAGUCUUUCACCAUUUGGGCAGAUACCUCUUCCACCCCGCCGACGCAGCCUGGGAAGUGAUUACUGGUUACUACCAUGAUAAUCUUGCUAGAGCGACAGUGAAGCUGGGGGUCCAGAUUCGUACCCACUUCAAGGGAAGUAUCCCCGUUGAGCUCGUGACACGCCAAAUCUUGAACUGCACUUGGACGGAGAACCUGCUACCUAAAAUCCCCAGCCCUGAGGGAAGACCGUCCUCCAUAGCCGUCAUCGUGACUUCUCUCUACUCCGUGUUUCUCGGAGCGCUCGAGGACAUCUACAGUGGACGUGCUGCAUCCACCGGGGUGAACGUCAGCUUCCACCAGCCGAGCCACGAGGAGCAGCAGCAGACGGGGAGCGAAGCGCAUGACGUGAAGGCGUUGGCGGAGAUAUAUCUUCUUAGCACCGCAGAUGCCCUGGUAACCAGCGCAUGGUCGACCUUCGGGUACGUCGCUAAUAGUCUAGCAGGGAAGACCCCGUGGAUAUUGAUCAGUCCGAGACGCCUACCUGCCUGCACCCGGGGGGCGUCCAUGGAGCCGUGCUUCCACUUCCCCCCCAACUACGACUGCGCAGUAGGAGGCUUCCUCGAGACGACGACGGUCCUCCCUUACACGACCAAUUGCAGAGACAGAAUUUCGGGGUUGCAGAUGGUAGAUGGAAGACCAACAUGA